UGUAUGAUGUUGAAAUUUAUUUUCGCCGAUGAUUCCGAAAACUUGAUGAUACUAGACGAUGUUUUAAUUUGAAAUCGUCGAACAAUGCAUAUUGCUUACAUCGACACAGUACUUGCCGUUCGUAUGAGGGAGUUGGUAAAGAUUCCGAGCGGCGUAAUAAUUACACAAAAUGAAAUUCCGCGCAUCUGUCUACAGACGUAAUGCUUGUUUUCUCCUGUAAUUCUACCGACGUUAAAAAAAUAAUGACGGAUAGAAAUUCAGUUGCAUAAUGAAGGAAUUAUAAAUGCUGCUCAUUUAUCUUGUUCUAUUUCACCGCUUCGGAAUAUAUAAAUUCAAACAAUCUACAGUCUACACAAUAGCAUUUUUUGUUGAAACGAACAGAGACGAAACAACGGGGGAAAAACAUGGCUGAACGCAGGUUUAUCGCACCAUCCAGGCGAUUAUCAUUACCAUGUUUAGUCUCGUCGCCGUCGAUUCGACCCCUACACAAAAUUCGGUUGAUUGUACUAGGAUCGUUGGGUGUGGGGAAAACCCAGUUGGUGUCUCGACUUCUUGGGAGGGCCUUUAAAACGAACCAUUACCCAACUGUAAACGAUUUUCACGUAGUAACUCAUAACAUUGAAAAUGAAAUCUACAAAUUAGACAUCUUAGACACAUCCGGAAUAUCCCCCUAUCCACCGGCGAUGGAGACUUGCACUCUAAUGACAGGUGAUCUCUUUUUGGUCGUUUACUCCGUAUCGGAUCCUGGAAGCUGGGAACGAGCAAAACAUUUGAUUGAUACUAUCGAAAAAAUCAAAUGCAAUGCUGAAAAUAUUAAAGUUUCUUUUGAACGGAAUUUUAAAAAUAGCGUUAGACAAAAACCGGACUUGGCGAUGGAAUCAACAAAGGAACCUAUUGCUUCCAUUCUAGUGGUCGGAAACAAACAUGAUAAUUCAGAGUGCAAUGUGCUUGGCAGAGAGGUAGACGUAUGGCUGAAGAAACGGCAGUUCAAGCUGCCAUGUGUCGUUAGUCACAUUGAAGCAUCAGCUAAAACUUAUUACAACGUGGAAGCAAUGUACGAUCAACUUCUCCUUAUGGCAAAUUUGCCGCUCGAACUGAAUUUCGUGACCACACAUUCAAGAAAUUUUCGUUCUCGUCGUCGGUCAAAUUCAUUAUUAGUUUCUCCGUUUUGUAGCAGGGAUCGCGCUGUUCGAAAUUCGUUAUAUCUGCACGAGAGAAACUUUAAAUCUUCUACACGAAACCGACAAACAGAUUUAAACCCUACCCAAACACAAAUCCGACUCAUUCAACGACCACCGGACCUUGAAGACGAAAUAAUCCUGGCAUUCAUAAAAGCGUGCUCCAUAACAGAGAUGUUAAAGAAGCAAAAAUCACCAAAGCUAUCACUUAGAACCGUUUCAAAGUUGCUGGUGUCUAAGUGGUCAUGAGUAGACUAAGCAUAUGACUCGCUUAACGAUCAUUUAACUAUAUAUCCCAUACUACCGACAUGCCUCAGUUAUUAAUGUGUUUAAUUCAACAGAAUUCUUGUCACAAUAUACAAUUCGUAAUUUGCAGUUUUGUAAGAUACGUGAUCGAGCAAAGUUUUUGAUUUUUUCGUUGACAGAAAUAUAGAAGUAUGCUCUAUACCAGGGUAUUGAUGUUUUUUCUUUCAAAUUUAACUAGAUGUGAUAUUUUUCUGUUUUAUAUUUGUUGCACAUUACAAGGUAAAGUAUGCUUAUUUUAGAGAGUGCAUCGUAAAAAGUGCUAAUAAUAAUUGAAAUCUAAUUAGAGAAUGGGUAAA